AUGGAAGAGGAGCCAAUGGAGGUGGAGCCAGCCAUGAGCGAGACAAUGGUCCGCUCUAUCAGCGAGCUGGAGGGUAUGCGAGAGGGAGCGCGAGCGCGCAGGAUGUUACUCGUGGACGAGCACCGGGUGAACAGAAUCACCGAGGAAGAGGAGCGACUCGGUCCCCUACAAGACGAGGAGACUUCUCCGAUCACGAUCUAUGUUCCAUCACCCCCGCCAUCCGAAGAGGAGACGGCGGAAGGAGCCGAAGAUGUGGCAAUGGUGGAGAAGCCAUCGUCCCAUCGAGCCAGAGAGCCCACGAUGGUGGAGCGGCCGUCUUCCCACAAGGCCACAGCGCCCACGCUGAUGCGGCCAACUCCCAAGACGCUGAGGAAGAAAGAGGCCCCGCAGAGGGAGGAGAAAACCCCGGAGGAGAAAUCCGGCAGCUACGAGAUGAUGGGCAACGACCCAGAAGCCUGGCGACGCUUCAUGGAGGCGAGAGCAGCCAGGGGCGCUGCAUUGCAGGCAAAGAAGGAGCACCCCGUGCCGAAGCUGGAGUCCAAGAAGAAGAAGAAGCCGGCAAAGGAGCGGAAGCCUAUGGAGGAGCGGCCCGUCGUUCGGGAGCCGAGUGGGCCACCUCCCGACUACCUCACCGGACCGACCCGGAAAGGCAAGCGUCGCUUCGCGAGCUCCGGCUGGUUGACUUGGAUAUGUCGCCGCUUCGAAGGGUCAUGGCAGGCACUCGUGAACAACGAUGCCAACGACCCUUAUUGUCUGGUCUGUCAGAAACGAGCAGCAGAGUCCCACCUGAUGUCGGAGCCGCAUACCGAGAACAUGAAGAGCUACAUGGCGGUGGCGCAAUCCGAACAGGUGCCAGUCCGGCAGGUCCCUGUCGACUGGAACACCUGGAAGCAGGCGAUGGACGAGCCAUUGGAGCUCGAGAUUGGACCUCGCCAGGGGAGAGGGUUCGCAGUCCACGCCCUCGGACCGGACAGCUCCAUGGGAUCCGAGACCGUACCGGGACCAACGACCCCGGACAACGACAUGGAGAUUGUGAUCACGGAGGAGGCUGUGCCAGAACCCUCUACAGCGCCCAAGGCAGUGGGUGCAACGAUCUCGGUGUCGGACUCCGACGAGGACAACUGGGGGGAGUGGCGACCAGCAAAGGCUGGAGCUGCGACACCGGAUGCCACCCGCGGGGCGAGCAUACCAGAACCUACAACCCCGCCAGCGACGUGGCAGCAACCUCCCAUGGAACCGAUUGCAGCCAACGCCACGGUCCAUCUGGAAGCACAGGGAUUGACGGAGGAGAACCUCACGGCCUUGGGCCCUCUCCGAGACUCCUACCUCCGUAUGAGGGCGACAGAGUCUGCACAGCUUCCGCUGUCUCUGGAAGGAGCAGAGGGGAACCUACGUGAUGGGCCCAUCAAGCCAACCUGCAUGUUAAUAAAAUUGACAUGCUGGCUGAGCUUCGCUGCGGCAGGAGUUCUCCGAAUCCAGUCCGGUUAUAUCCGGAGCUCCUCCACCAAGGACUUGGGGCCGCUUGAGUUCACUGGGAAGAUAGCCGGAGGCCUUCGGUUGGACCUGCGCCGGCGUGCGCCGUUUUAUGGCAGUGACUGGACAGACGCGUUCAGACCCGAGAACUUCCAAAAAUCGCUGGCGACCAUCCUGUACUUGUUCAUAGCCGCGUUGGCUCCGGCCAUCACGUUUGGAAGCCGCUUCCUCGACGGAACCAACGGCCAGUUCGGAGUACUGGAGAUGAUCAUGAGCACGUGCAUCAGUGGCAUGCUCUUCUCCACGUUUGCUGGCCAGCCGCUCUCAAUCCUUGGCGCGACCGGGCCGUUCCUGGCCUACAGCCUGGUGUGCUAUGACCUGGCCGUGGCCAUGGACUUGGAGUUCAUGCCCUACUACUUCUGGGUCUGCAUGUGGUGCUCCCUGUUUACGAUCCUGGUCUCGAUCUUCGAUCUGUGUGCCCUCAUGAAGCACGUGACCAUGUUCAGCGAGGACAUCUUUGCGGGGCUCAUCUCGCUCAUCUUCAUCAUUGACGGAGUGCUGCCAAUCAUCCGCAACUUCACGGACAACCAGAUGUCCUUGACAGGUGCGAUGUUUGAGACGCUGCUCUUUGUCUACACUUUCGGCCUCGCCUCGUACCUGUCGUACUUCCGUCGCACCCCGUGGCUCAUCCGGGGGGCUCGCAACCUCAUGGCCAACUUCGCGGUGACCAUCGCAUUGGUGUCGGCGUCCGCCCUGGCAGCCAUCUACUCUACCGAGACGAACCUGCGCAUGCUUACCGUUGAUGCCGACUUCUCCCCGUCCCUGACACUGGCCACUGGCGAGAAGCGCAACUGGAUCGUGAAUCCCAUGGGCAUUGAGAAGGACUUCCCCUUGUGGGGCAUCCCGUAUGCAAUCUUGCCAGCGAUCGGCUUCGCAGUGUUGGGGUACUUGGACCAGAAUCUGACCAGUGUCAUCGUCAACCGGCCCUCCAACGGCCUGCAGAAGCCGCCUGGCUACCACCUGGAUUUGUUCAUUCGCGGAGCGCUGACGCUGCCAGCCUGCGCUGUGCUCGGCCUCCCUUUGUCCGUGGCCUCCACUGUGCCCAGCAUCACGCACGUCAUCUCCCUGACCACUUAUGAGGUGAAGCAGCUGCCCCAGGGCGAGCGUAAGGUGCCGACCAAGGUGGUGGAGCAGCGGGCUACGAACUUCCUGAUCCACGUGCUCAUUGGCUGCGCCUUGUUCAUGGCGCCGGUUCUGAAGUUCCUUCCCCGGGCCGUCCUCCAGGGCGUCUUCUUCUACAUGGGCAUUGCCUCCUUGACGGGCAACAACCUCUUCGACCGCAUGUUCCUGUGGCUGAUCUGGGACCCAGCCAAGUACCCUCAGUACCACUACAUCCAGAAGCUGCCCAUCAAGAGGGUCCACCUCUACACCUUCGUGCAGUUCAUCUGCCUUGGCAUCCUGUACGGUCUCAAAGAGAUCAAGGAGACUGCCGUGGUCUUCCCCUUCUUCAUGGCCUCCCUGGCUGUCAUCCGCAAGGCCAUGCGCUUCAUGUUCACCCAGGAGGAGCUGGAACUCCUGGAUGGCCAUCCUGCCGAAGACCCGGACGAGGCAUCGAUGGCCGAGCAGGUCGAGCAGCCCGACAUCUUGAACUUGGAGCCGGUGAAGGCUGGCGAGGGGACUGCGCUCAAUGGCACAGACAACUUCAAGCGCCUGUUUGUGAGGUCUGUUCGGGAUUCAGCGCGACUUCAAGGGAUCUGGAAGGGCUACUGCGCCACUUGGGGAUCAACUCCUUUGCCGAAGCACUGCUCCCAAGAGUUGUCGCUGAUUUCCGAGUCCGUUUCGUCAAAGCCCGGCACAUUGGAUCGGGACACGGUUUUGGCCGAAGGUAGCACGAGUGAUCGCAUUUGGGCCUACGCUGCCUUUCCCGCGGAUGCCGUGUUGUGCGCAAUCGACGCCGUGCUCACGAGGCUGACUGGUACGCUAGACGGCGUCUCCGUCGUGGAGUGCCAUAACACCAAUGAAGUCCAGUUCGAAAGCAGCGCCAUCAGCCCCGUAGGUUGCCGUCUGCGUGCUUUUGAAGCCACCCUGCCCACUCGUGGUGGCGUUGUGGUGGGCGGCGGCGUGGUGGUAGCUAUGCAAGAUGUGGAUCCCAGCUCUGAGCAAGCAACAAGUUUCCAAUUUCAGAGAACGAGCAGUGAUUUGCACAUUUUCCGCAUGUUGGGAAUCUCCUCCAUGUUUCCAAAUGCUUAA